AUGCCAACCUGGACAGCCCUGGCCUUCGCGCUCGUCGCCUCCAUCAUCCAGAACGUCUUCGGAGCACCACUCUUGCUCCUCCAGCGGUCUUACGGAACGCCGGGGAGCGUGCUAGGGACGGUUCUAUCUCUGCUGAGAACGCCGUUCCCGAAAGCUGCGGUGCUUGUCGGGCUGCUUGGGACGGUGGUCAGGACGGGGCUCUUGCUUGAAGGUUUCGCGGCGGAUAAAGCGGGAGAGUUCGUCAAUGCCGCCCUUCGAUCCUCCCCCUCCUCGUCCUCCUCAAACUCCUCCAUGAAUCCCUCCCACCUUCUCCACCUCGAAUCCAUCUCGUACCCUCUAACCCUCUCAACACUCCUCGACUCGGCCCUCGCACUCCCAGUCCAACAACCCGACGCGCCGCCUUUUCCUGCUCACGAAGUGCGCGAAUGGGAAGAGGCCAGUGAGGUGUUGAGGGGGAAGAUGGAGCGGGGGAUGGAAGAAGUCGCGAAAGGGUGGCUGGACGUGUUGGAGUACCUUCCCCCUCCUCCUCUCGGCGAAGAAGCCGACAGCGUCGAGGGAGAGAGGGAACGAAGGACGACUUACCUCUCCGCCGUCCUCUCCGAUCUCGAAGCCGUCAAUUCUCGCCGGCCGACGAGGUUCCUCUAUGUCUCGGAGACGUCUUUCACGAAUGCGAUUCUGGAGCGCGAGGAGCAGCGGCUGCUGGAGGAGGAGAGGGUGGAGAGGGAGAAGAAGGACAGGGAGUUUGAGGAGUGGGUCGAAUCGAUCAUGGGUGUUGCGACUGCGCAGAAGGACGGUACAGCUGCGGAGGGAGAGGAGGCGGCGGAGAAGCGGAGGGCAAUGCUCGACCAGCCGAUGGGAAACGGAGGGGAGACGUUCCGCCAGGCUUUGAGGACGCAGUGGGACGCGAUGUACGAUUCGUCGAAGGGCGGGGUGUUGGGGAACGUCGCGAGGGAGUGGGAGAACAUCGCGGCGAAGUACGGCGACAAGAACGACGAGGACGCUGGAGCGGACUUGCCUGAGCCCGUGCAGAUAAUGGCCGCCCACCACCUCCGUUCGCAGCUUACCGCGACACUUGACCUGCUUCGUCCUCGCGACUCGCGCUUCGGCUAUAGCCAGAAGGAGGAAGACGAGAUCCUUCCUCCCUCGAUGCGAGGGAUGUCAGAGGAGUACAUGCACGUCUUCCAGCGCGCCGUCGUGAUCGACCAACGAGCUCGGCGAUGGGCCGACGCCGUCCUCGACGCGCUCGUCCCUUCUUCGCGUCUCCCUCCGCCUGUCGAACCUCAACACCUCACCUUCAAAUCCCGCAUCCACAUCCUCCGCUCUUCUCCCCUUCCCUCGUUCUUCAAAUCCCUGAACGAGCUAUUCAACCUCCCCUCCGACCCAGCACACUGGCGCCCGCAACUCUCGAAACACCACCUCGCGAACGCUUUGUUCUCCCUCGAAACGAGGGCGUUGCAGGGUAGUGUUGGGGAGGAGGCGAGGGGUGGGUGUAGUGCGGUGUUGAGGGAGAGGGAGAGGCGGAGGGUUGGAGAGAGCGGGAGGAGGUGGGUGCAGGAACGGUUGGAGGAGAUGAAGCGCGAGGAGGCUGAGAAGAGGGUGGAGACUGCGAGGGAUGAGUUGUAG